CCUUUACUUCUUCUACCUGUGUGAUCCCGCCGGCUCGAUGCUUGCGCCGGUUUAAACCCUUGUAAAAUCUCCAGAUUCCUUAAACUCGUUUGACCACGAUUCAGAAAUGUCUAGCAGCAUAAGCCUCAAUUUGAAGAAAAUUUCGUGGCUUUCUUCUCGGAUCGUCUCAGGAAAUAUUAUUCACUGUGGGUUUCGGCGACCCGUCGCUAUCGGUGGAGACAGAAACACAUUGGUCGGAACUCGCGGAUUUGCGUCAGUGAAACGAGUGUCUCCACAUGCUGAUUUGCUCUCUUAUGUUAGAGCUUCACUUGAUAAGCUUGAAGGUCCUUCCCAUCAUUGGUUGAAUCGUGACACUGAGAAUAAACAGCUUUUCAAGGACAAAGGGACUUACGUAGUUCUUGUUGGCGAUUUGCUUAAUGGUGAUCCGAGUUGUUUCUUUGAGAAACUCAAGUUGCUUCAGCAGAGGUCUCCUGGAGUCUGUUUCAUGGGCAUUCACUUUAGUGAUCAAGCUAGAAUCACCGAUGAUCGAACUGCUUUAGCUGAGUUGAUUGUUAAGGAAUAUCUUACUUUUCCUGUACUGCUUUCUGAGAAAGAGUUUCCUAAGUCAAGUGGAGAAGAAGUACGCUACUUCGUGUUUAGAGAUUUUAAGAACCCUUUAAUCUACCAAGACAAGGAUCUGGAUAUUGCUUCUGUAGCUAAAGCUCUUGACAGCCUCAGUCAAGAUACUGAGAAAUCAAAGUCCGUCAAACUUUUCACCAACACUUGGUCAAAACAGGCUGAUGCUAUCAAGGAACCACACUUCUCUUCUUUCUUGCAAGAUUUGUUUCUUUACUUUCCAGGUUGUAUCUCUGCAGACGAAGCCGGAGAUUGCCUGUUUCUUUCUGAUAGCAACCAUCAUCGUAUUAUCAUAUCCACUAGUACUGGGGAGAUUCUAGACAGUAUUGGUUGUUUCCCAGGUUUUGAGGAUGGAGAAUUCGAAUCAGCAAAGAUGCUACGUCCUGCAGCGACCCUUUAUGACGAAGAAGAUGAUUGCCUUUACAUUGUAGAUUCUGAGAAUCAUGCCAUUAGAAGAGCAAAUAUAAAGACGCGGGUCCUGGAAACGGUAUAUCCAAAGGUUAUCAAGAAGAGUGUUGGCUUAUGGUCUUGGGUAAUGGAGAAAAUAGGUUUUGAAAAAGAUGAAGAAACAACAGUGGGUGCUGAUGCUAAAUCAGAAGAGUCUGAUGCUCCCUCCCUCAUGUUUCCAUGGCAUAUACUUAAACGUGAUGAUGAUAGUCUUGUAGUCAUUAACAAAAGCUUUUCAAAGUUGUGGAUAAUAAAUUUAGCUUCUGGAGAGAUCGAAGAAGUUGUGGAAGGGUUCCAGGGGAUAAUGGAGAUCUAUGGGGAAUUGAUCACGGAGAAGCUAUCGCUAUUGAAACAUUUGCCUUCUACUCGGUUGCAACAGCAAACUAAGGCUAUCACCUCAUGCAAGGAGCAGCCAAGUGCGGCCCUUUUGUCUUCUUUCUCUGAAUUUGGAGACGACAUUGUCAUGACAGAUACAGCUGGCCAGAGGGUGUUGAAGCUAAAUAGAGAAUCUGGAGCAUGCUCUAGCAUACAGUUUUCAAACAUUGGGAUCCUUGGGUUACCGUAUUGGUUGUCCAUUCCACUGGAGAGAGUUUUCAAUCUAGCUAGCGGAGUACAGGAAGCACACAUCAGCCAUAUUCAUCAACUCCGGUUAUUACCAGGUAAAACUAGCAUACGGUUGAGCAUACAGAUCCCUCAAUGCACAGAGCUUGUUGAACCGUUGCAAGAAAGCUGCAUAUGGCGACAGGCAAGAGGCUCAAUCACUGAAGUCUCAAAUGCUGGAAGUGCAGUGGAACCUUCUGAAAAGGUUGGAGUCUCACAACAAUGGUACGAUGAAUUAGACAACCUCGCCAAAGAAAUAGUCAACCCUGAAUUAGCUGAGGAAGAUGAAGAAGAGCAAGAAGAAGAUAUCUCUGAGAUCAGUGAAGAUGAUGGACGGAUACACAUCGAUUGCUCUGUCAAUACAAGUCCUGGCACAAGCGAGCUUAUUGUUUAUGCAGCUUUGCAUCUAAGACUGGCGAAGAACGAAGAGACAGAAGGUGCGAGCCAGGAAGAGCUGGCGAGAAGAAUAGCAGACGUUUUAAAUCCAGCAAGGAACAUGACGACUAUGGAUGAAGAUUUGUUUGUGAAAGUGUUGUUGAAGUCAAAGAGAGAAGUGAGAGACAUUGUCUUCUUGAAGCCGGUGCAUGUGCGUAUAAAGUUUGACACGUUGGAUCACCCAAAAGCUGAUAACUCGAGAGACAUUAUCUUGACGGAUUCUUCGGCUCAGAUCGAUGUCUCUCUUUGAUGACGAUAGAGCCGUGCGUGCAAACAAUGCUAUUUUCUCUUACACAUAGUGGCAUUACAAGGUAAACAAUAUUAUUAGUCGGCCCAGUUUUAUGUAAUGGGGUCACAAUCACAAAUUAUUCAAAUAAUCCUAAUGGAUAUUGUAUCAAUCUCAAUCGUAUUUGCAAGAAGGUUGUUGACUUGAUUUUGUAACAAAAGAGUCGGAAGAUAAUUCAUCAUCAUUGCCAAGUCAUUUCUA